AUGUGGAAACUAGCUUUCUACGCAAUGUUUGUACUAGCGUUUCUUUUGCAGAUUCAAGAUUGUCGAAUGAAGAAGAGACAACAUGGUUACAUAAAUACAACUUUUGCUAACGUGGUUAGAGACAAGGGGAAGAGCAAGUGGAGCAGGAAGUAUGCGAGAAAAAAAAAGAAAGAUAAAGAAAAUGAAAAUUAUGAAAAAUUAUUUAAAGAGUUAGAUAAGAUAUUUAAUGAACCUGAUGAAGAACAAAAACAACUAGAGGAAGAAGAAAAAAGAAAGGAAGACGAAAUGGAUGCAUUAAGCGAAAAGGAUCUCCUAGAAAUCAAUUUCUGUAAUUAUGAAAAAGAUCCUAGAAGUUUAUCAAACCUGGUUAAAUGCAAGACUGAAGAUGAAACAGAGAAGGAAGACGAGUCAUGUUCAGGUGAUCUCAACACUGGGUCAGGAGAUCAAAACAUGGCAAAUGGAGAGAAGAGAAAAAUGACAAUGGAAUACAGCUAUGAUUAUGAUCGAGUUUUAAAAAAAAAAAAAUACCUGCAAGAGGAGAUAAAAUAUAAGGAUAAAUUUUCAUUAAAUGAAGAUGAAGAAAGGUUAGUUGAACAUGUAGAUGUGAACAUGAUGAAUGAUUUUCUGAACAGUUAUCAGAAUAAUUUCCCCAGAACAUUUUACAAAGGUCGUAGGGAUAAGUACUUUGGCAGAGAAGACCUACAUCCGAGAGGUGGUGAAAUGGAGGAGCAGAGUAAGAAGAGGACUAACGCUGCGAUUGGUGAGGUGGGUGGUGGUGCGAUUGGUGAGGUGGGCGUUCGUGCGGAUGAUGCUGUGGAAGGAAGUGAGGAAAAGACUGAUAUGAACACGGAUGAUUUAGAAAGCGUGCACUUUUUGAGGAACAUAAGGGAAGAAUUUCACCUUGAAAGAGAUAGCUACAUAAACGAAUCUGUGAGAAACAUUGAGAAGGAAUUCUAUGAAAGUAAUAAGAAUGGGGAAGUUACGCAAGUUAAGGAGAGCAAAGGUGAGCUGAGUAAUGUAUUUGAAAAUGAUUUUGAGAAACACGUGGAAGAAGGAAUAAAGAGAUGUGGAUCGAAUGAGAAAACUGUGGAUAGAUUGAUAAAAAAAAAAUUCAUAGACAUGUUCCAAGUAGACGAAGAGGCAAAAAAAGUAAACGACAUGAUUAGAAAAUGCAAAAGUGUAAGUUCAUUGCUGGAAAUAUUUAAAGAAAGUAAAUCAGUAAAGAUAAUAAAUAUUAUGUACAUGUUUAUGUAUAUAUACAGAUUUAAAAAUGUAAACAUGCUGGAAUAUCUGUAUGAUAGAAGAUUUUCACAUAUAACUGAUACGUUGGAACAUGUGUUAAAAUAUUAUCUAUAUGUAUUCGGAAAGGAGGAAUUCAGACGAGCAGAUAAUGAAAGGAUUAUUACAUUAAACAGUAAUAACAUUAUUUUUUUAUUAAAAUAUAUGAACAGGUUGAAAUUAUUUUAUGUUAAUUUGAAUAUCUACAACUUACUAUUCUUGAUAUUGUCAAAAUCGUUGCAUAUGUUUAAUAUCGAUUCGCUAGUUGUACUACUGGCUUAUCUGAAUGAAUACACAUAUUAUAACAGUAGUAUACAUAAUAAAAUAAACAUAUCCAUUAUGAGUCACAUUUUUUCAACAUUAAAAAGAGACAAAGUUGAAUUUUCAAAGUUCAAAUUUGUACAUUUCAAAUUACUUAUACCUAUACUUGUUAAACAUAAGUAUGUAAAUAACCAUAUGUUCAGCUACAUUUUUGCACAUUUCGAAAAAGACAUAAAUAUGGUAAUAGAAAAAGUAGGAAAUAAAAGUUGUCAGAAAAAUAAAGACAUUUGUAACAUACUUUUUUACGAUUCCAAAACAAAAGAACAAAAAAAGAAUAAAGAAAAUUAUAUGGCAUAUUUGGAAAACCAAUACAUUCAAGAAAAAAAAAAAAAUCUAAAUUUUUUAUUUCAUUUUUUUAAUUACCUAAUGAUUUGUAAAUUUAAUCAUAACGAAGAAAUUGUAAACAAGUUAAUGAUCUUGUUUACAAACAAUUUUUCCUUAUUCCGGGUGGAAGAUUUAUUAAGUAUUUUUUUUAAUUCAGAAAAAUUCCUCACAGGAAGCAAAUACUCUAUUCUCAUGACUCGGUGCAAGCAGGAGCUCUUGCAGGAGAAAAGUUUGCUAAAAGAUUUUCAAAUAAAUCAGAUUCUCUCCUUUUUCACAUUUGGCUAUAGGAAAUCCAUCCUUAUUCGAGAUUAUCACAGGAAUGUCUUUCGUGGCAGACGCUACACUCUGCGUCGUGUAAGAGGUGGAAGUGGUGAAAGUGGUGAAAGUGAUGGAAGUGGUGAAAGUGGUGAAAGUGGUGAAAGUGGCGAAAGUGAUGGAAGUGGUGAAAGUGGUGAAAGUGGUGAAAGUGGUGAAAGUGAUGGAAGUGGUGAAAGUGGUGAAAGUGAUGGAAGUGGUGAAAAUGGUGAAAGUGGCCUAAGCAGUGUAAGCAGCUUAAGCAGCGCAACUGAGGAUACCCUUUUGAAUCUAUUGAAACGCAAGGAGGAAAUUUCAUCAUUCAAGCAAAAGUACCUCAUAAGCAGAGAAGUAUUCAAAGAUGAACAAUUUCUGUAUGAUUUCACGCACGACAUCCACAUAUUUGUAAACUUUCGUAACGUGCAUUUGCUAAAGUUUAUUUACAAUAUUUACCUUCUGAGUCUUUUAUUCUAUAAAAAUGCAGAUGCUUUACGCAUGGUAUCGGAAAUAGCGUAUGACUUGGUUGAGACGAAUAUCUUUUCAUUCAUAGAUCAAUAUUCAUAUUACCUGUAUGAAGAUAUAUACAUUGUUAUUAAGGCAUUUAAAUAUUUGUCCUUUUUCGAAAUUGAUUUGAUUGAAGUAUGGAAAAAAUUCUUUUUCUUACUUCAUCAUUUUGUUAAUUCCUUAAAUUUGGAAAAUAUUUAUGACAUCGUUUUUUUUAUUAAAGUUUCCAAUUUGACAAAUUUAAAAUGUGAAAAUUAUGAUGUUUUUAAAGUGUUAACAGAACGUAUGAAGCAAAUCCUAGAGACCCUCUCCAAGUACGACAUUCGACAUUUCAGUACACAUCCUCACACUUAUAUUUUAAAUAUUUUGAACCUCAUCGAGGAGAAGCAAAAUGAGCAUGUAUAUAGCUUUAUCGAGUUCUUUUUUUAUUCUAUAUAUAAGAAGGUGCUUUUCGUUCAGCAACAACAGCACAUGAAGCAAAUUAAUCAACACGUGCGAGAGAAUGGAGACCACACAUCCGAGGUGGCCCUCUCUCCAAACAUGAGAGAAAAGGGAGGAGUGAAUAAUGCGACAAAAAAUGAAGACAUGCAUAACGUGGAAAAAAAUGAAGACAUGCAUAACGUGGAAAAAAAUGAAGACGUGCAUAACGUGGCAAAAAAUGAAGACGUGCAUAACAUGCACAAGUUAAGUAAAGCAUACCGAUACGUGAAUAACUACAUGUAUAAUUUUCGAGAUAUUCGUUUAUUCAUAAAGACCUUUUUAGCACAUUAUAAGGAAAAUAUGGAACAUUUAAAUUUGCAUAUUGUCCAUUUUAUCCUGUUCAAUGCAGAAAUAUUUUUUUCAAAAAUGAAUACGCAUUCUCAUUACUAUCAUAGUAGUUACAUAUAUGGAAAACAAAUGAAGGAAUUUUUGUAUUUGUCACAUCAGCUGGUUGAGAAGAAGUUAUAUAAUAAAUAUAUUAUGCGCAUGUUAAUCCUCAUAUUUAAGCAUAUAAUACAUAUUCAAGGGCGUGUUGUUCAUAAUAGUAGCGAAUAUCCUACAGGUGUUAAUAUUUUUAAGAGUUUUUUUUCGCAUUUUUCUGACAUUACUGAUGAAAACAUAUGGCAUUUCAUUAGACGCAAUUUUCAGUCAACUGAAUAA